UCCCUUAAUCCCUCUGAAAAUUACAUUUUUUUCCAUGUAUUUCACCAAAUCUUAAUUUUUCCAAAAAAAAAAACCUUUUCUAUAUUCUUCAAAUCUCAAGUUCUCUAAUUUCUCAUUCGACCUCGAAAUUUGACCAAUUAAUACUCUCAAAUAUCGGAUUUUCUUCCUCUGAAAAAAAACAAAAACCAAAUCUUAAUUCUUCAACAACCCAAGUCUGCUAAAAAUCUCAACUUUUAAGUCAAAAUUUUGUAUCCUCUCACCAAUUCCUAGUUCCAAAAAUCUCACCUUUAUCUCAAAAUUUUCAAUCUUUCCUCCUCAAAAACCCCCAAAUCUCUACUCUUCAAAAGACCCAAAUUCUCAAAUCUCAUCUUUGAGUCAAAAAGUUUCAAUCUUUCCUCUGAAUUCUGAAACCCCAAAAUCUCUAAUUUCAAAAAAAUCUCACCUUUAUCUAAAAAGUUUCAAUUUUUCCUCCUCAAAGCCCCAAAAAUGUCAGUAGCUUGUGGACUAGAAUGUGUCUUCUGCGUCGGAUUCAGUCGAUGGGCAUGGAAACGAUGCACACACGUAGGCUCCGACGAUAGUGCCACGUGGACAUCAGCAACACCUGAAGAAUUCGAACCAAUCCCAAGAAUCAGCCGUGUAAUCCUCGCCGUCUACGAACCCGAUCUAAGAAACCCUAAAAUCUCACCUUCAUUAGGAACUUUCGAUCUAAACCCUGAUUGGGUCAUCAAACGUGUGACACACGAAAAAACCCUAGGAAGAUCUCCACCGUACAUAAUCUACAUAGAUCACAACCACCGUGAGAUUGUUUUAGCGAUUCGUGGUUUGAACUUAGCUAAAGAGAGUGAUUACAAGAUUCUUUUAGAUAACAAAUUAGGUCAGAAAAUGCUUGGUGGUGGUUUCGUGCAUCGUGGGUUAUUGAAAUCUGCUGCUUGGGUUUUGAAUCAAGAAUCUGAAACACUUAGGAGAGUUUGGGAAGAGAAUGGUAAAGAGUAUGAUUUGGUUUUUGCUGGUCAUUCUUUAGGUUCUGGUGUUGCUGCUUUGAUGGCGGUUUUGGUUGUUAAUAAACCGGAGAUGAUUGGUGGUAUUCCGAGGAGUAAGAUUCGGUGUUUUGCUUUAGCUCCGGCGAGAUGUAUGUCGCUUAAUCUCGCCGUUAAGUAUGCUGACGUCAUCUUCUCUGUUAUUUUACAGGAUGAUUUUUUACCAAGAACGGCGACACCGUUGGAGGAUAUUUUCAAAUCCGUAUUCUGCUUGCCUUGCUUGUUGUUUUUAGUUUGUUUGAGGGAUACAUUUAUACCAGAAGGUCGGAAACUAAGAGAUCCUAGAAGACUAUAUGCUCCUGGUCGAAUUUAUCAUAUCGUUGAGCGAAAAUUUUGCAGAUGUGGAAGGUUUCCUCCUGAAGUGAGAACGGCAAUUCCCGUGGAUGGUAGAUUUGAACAUAUUGUAUUAUCAUCGAAUGCAACGUCUGAUCAUGCGAUUCUAUGGAUAGAAAGAGAAGCAGAAAAGGCAUUGCAGAUAUUGAGAGAGAAGAGUUCAGAGACAGUGGCAACAAUGCCACCAAAAGAAAAGAGAAUGGAGAGGUUAAACACUUUAGAGAAAGAGCACAAAGAUGCGUUGGAGAGAGCGGUUAGUCUCAAUAUCCCACACGCAGUGUCCACCGCUGAAGAAGAAGAAGAAUGCAAUAAUGGAGAUGCAUCGGCGGAGUCAAAAACGAAGAAGAAGAAUUGGGAUGAAGUGGUGGAAAAGCUUUUCCAUCGAAGUGAUUCGGGAGAAUUCGUUUUCAACGAUAACUUUGUUCCUGAAAGGUAGCCUUAUGUCGGAUCGAUUGUGAUUGGAUUGGGUUUGUUUUUACUCAAUUUUGUUCAUCAUGUACUGUACAUGCAAUUCUAGGCUUGUGGAUUACUGGAUUUGUGAGAGAAUGUCUAUAAUCCGGUUGAAAUUGGUCUGAGACAAGACAAGUAAAGAAAAUUUUGUCCAAA